AUGUCGGUCUCCAUUCCCCGGCAGCCGCUCCGCAGCAGCUCGGCCGUGCCGGGACGUUCCUUCUCUUCGCGCUCCUUCACGGCCGGUCCGGCGCUGAGGAUGAGCACGGCCCCAGCCUUCGGCCCUUACGGGGGGCUCCGUGGCGGCUCCGGGGGGCUCGGGGGUCCCUCGUGGGUCCCGGCGGCGGGCGGGGGGAUCACGGCCGUCACCAUCAACCGGAGUCUCCUGGCGCCGCUGGACGUGGCCGUGGAUCCCGAGCUGCAGGAGCUGCGCCGGGAGGAGAAGGAGCAGAUCAAGACCCUCAACGAUAAAUUUGCUGCCUUCAUCGACAAGGUGCGGUUCCUGGAGCAGCAGAACAAACUCCUGGAGACCAAGUGGGGGCUCCUGCGGGCGCAGCCCCCGCCCCGCAGCACGCUGGGGGGGCUCCUCGAGGGCUAUGCAGGGACCCUGCGGCGGCAGCUCGAGGGACUUGGGCAGGAGCGGCAGCGACUGCGCGCAGAACUCGGCCAUGUCCGGGGGCUCGUCGAGGAGUUCAAGGCCAAGUAUGAGGAGGAGAUCAACCACCGCACAGAGAAGGAGAACGAGUUUGUCCUGCUCAAAAAGGACGUGGAUGAAGCCUACAUGUCCAAGGUGGAGCUGGAAUCACGCCUGGAGAGCCUCACAGACGAGAUAAACUUCCUGCGGCAGCUCUAUGAGGAGGAGCUGCAGGAGCUGCAGGCGCAGGUGUCGGACACGGCCGUGGUGGUGUCCAUGGACAACAAUCGCCAGCUGGACAUGGCUGGGGUCCUGGCGGACGUGCGGGCACAGUAUGAGGACAUCGCUGGCCGUAGCCGUGCUGAGGCCGAAGGCCUCUACCAGGUCAAGUAUGAAGAGCUGAAGACGGCAGCUGGGAAGCAGGGAGAUGACCUGCGCCAGACCCGGAGCCAGAUCCAGGAGCUGAACCGGCGGAUCCAGCGGAUCCAGGCAGAGAUUGAGGCUCUCAAAAAUCAGCGCUCUGGGCUGGAGGCAGCAGUGGCAGAGGCUGAGGAGCGUGGGGAGCUGGCACUGAGAGACGCCCGGGCCAAGCUGGGGGGGCUGGAGGGGGCCCUGGCCCAGGCCAAGCAGGACCUGGCCCGACAGCUCCGGGAGUACCAGGAGCUCAUGAACGUCAAGCUGGCCCUGGACAUCGAGAUUGCGACCUACAGGAAGCUACUGGAGGGCGAGGAGAGCCGGCUGGAGGCUGCUGUGCAGAACCUGAGCAUUCACUCCAAGACUUCAGGAUACCUGGGUGGAUUCGGGGGAGGUUUUGGGGGGGGUUUUGGAGGGGUGUUUGGGGGGGCCAUGGUCAGCUCAGGGUACUCAGUGCCCCCCCCACUCCCUGAGGGCAUGGCCCCCCCCAAAUCCCGUGCCAUCGUCAUCAAGAAGAUUGAGACCCGUGAUGGGAAACUCGUGUCUGAGUCCUCUGACAUCCUGGAAAGCUGA